AUGGCGCCCUCGGGUACCACGCGGGAGCCCUCUGAUAGGAACUUUCUGUGCGGUUUGAGAGGGAAAGGUCUCAGCGGCGCGGUUAUUUCGUCCCCCCUUCUAGAAUCGGACCAACUAGCCGGAAUGUUCCUUGGGGGGGUUCAGAGUUUCCAAAAGUAUCCGCGUCAGUCCGCAUCGGAGCAGCCGGAGACCAGUAGCGCCUUUGAGGCCAGCGAGAUUUUGGGGGGCAAUCGGCUCACUGUCCAGAGGCCGGACAUCUGUCUGCUGAGCACAGAUGGGGCGGUUAGCAAAGGAAGCAAAAGGGAAACCAUGCGCCAUGAGAUUUCUGCCCCAGGCUGCAGUCCUCACUUCCCUUUGAUAGCCACAGGUUUCUCCCAUCUGCCGAAUGGUCUGUACCCUUCAUACAUUCCCUUGAGCCACCUGGAGCCCCAUAACAGCGGGAGCCCUUUGCUGGCUCAGCUGGGUCAGCACAGCCUCUUCGAGUCUCCAAAAGAUGGAUUUUACCUCACCGGCCACGCGGGGCAGUCCACCUUGCACCCCCCGGGCCCUCCCUCCCGGACAGCCUCCAACCCCACGCCCAGCGCCCUGCUCCGCGAAAAAGACCUCGCCCCCCUGCACAGGAACUCGAAGGAAGCCUUGAAAGAUCCCGUCCGCAAGGAGAGGGCGUGCCGGAGCGACCUCUCCUUGCCUGCGACCAAGAGGGAGGGCAGGCUGAGGGAGGAGGCCCAGCCCCAUGGCGUGGUGGACCUCACGCUGGACACCAAGCCCGACUGCGACAGGAAAGGGAGCGGCCCUGAGAAGGCAGUCCGGGUCGGGGAGCGGCUGUCCCCUUUCCUGGCCGAGCAUGGGCCCAACCGGGGGACCCUGAGUGGAGAACCAAAGUCCAAGAACCCGCUGCAGACCUCCUCGCUCAACAACUGCAACGGGGGCGGCGGGGGGGACCUCCUGGGGAAAGCGCUGGGCUCCGAGCAAGACCGCUGCGCCAAGGACCCGAGCCGCCAUGACGAGAACAUGCGGCCUUCUCCCCACUCCUCGCACCUGGAGCGGCUGAAAAGGGGGGAGGCCCUGAUGGGCUCGGUCGCCGCGUUGCACGUCGCCUGCAGCUGCCCCUCCCCGCACCCCCCACAGCCGGGGAAGCUGACCCCUUCCUCGGCCUUCCCCCCCCAGCCCGUCCAUUCCAACAUGUACACCAUCUUUCCUCUGACCAAGGAGCCGGGGAGGGAACACAAAGUCAUCGCCCCCACCUUCGUGCCUUCGGUCGAGGCCUACGACGAGCGGAACGGCCCCAUCCAGAUCGCCUCGCAGGCCCGGGACAAUGGCAAGGCGAAAGAGAGGGACGCCAGUGGCAGCCGGGUGGGCGUCUUGCAGCCGUUGCCCGACAGGUGCCUGGGCGAUCCAUCCCGCAACGUUUUGCCCCAAGAUUUCCCUGGCCAUGGCGAUGCCAAACGGGCGGAAGUCCUAAGGGAGAAGAACUCUGUUAUCCGGGCCAACUCCAUGGUGCUAAGGAAGCAGCAGGGGAUUUCGGAAAAUCUCUCUGGCAGGCCGAGGCUGAGCUCCCCCGAAAGCAGGGAGUUCCUCCCCUCGAAAGACUUGCUAAAACCCGGCUCGGAGGCAGAACACCGCUCCUGCGAGCGGGACCGGUUCCAGAGAUCGGGUUGCAAAGAGGCUGCUAAGAUCUACGGCACUUUGGACUCCUCCUCCCCCUCGUCAUCCUCCUCUUCCUCCCGGCAGCAUCUUGAUCACGGCCCCCCGAAGCCCCCCGAGCAGAAAUGGAAGCCUUUCGAAAUGGGCAACUUUGCCACCACCCAGAUGGCUGUCCUGGCCGCCCAGCACAACCACGCCAGCCGGGUGGAGGAAGAGGCCAAAAAGGCGUACCUCGACCCCAGCGGCCCGCAGAGGCCCGCGGCGUCGGGGCCCCGGGGUGCCCCGGAAGGCCUCCACCCUACCUCUCGCGGCGAAGGCUCCGCCAUGCAGAGCCUCAUCCAGUACAGCGGCAGCUUCGCCAAGGAGACGCCAGCGCGGCAGGGUGGCGGGAAAAAGAGCCCCUUCGGGGGCCUGGGCAGCAUGAAGCCAGACCCCUCCCUGCAGGGCCUCUCCAAGAUCCAGCAGCUGCUGCCCCACCAAGCCGGGAAGCAGCUGAAGAAGGAGCCGGAGCGGCCGGAGAGUGCCAAGUCCUUCGGGCGCGAGAGCAUCGGGUCUCAGGGGGAAGUGGAGGUGCGGCACCUCCCCGUGGGCAUCGCUGUGGCCGUGGCCCGGCAGAAGGACAACAGCGGCAGCAAGCCGGGGCCGAACCUCCUGGAACGGGAUCGACCCCUCUCCCUGGGCAGCGUCAAAGGGCACGGGCGCUCGGACGAAGACUGCGGAGACGACCGGCCGCGCCAUCGGGACAGCCACCUCUUGGCCAGUCGUCUGGAACGGGACCAGGAGAAGCUGCUCAGAGAAAGCAAAGAGCUGGCCGACUAUGCUCGGAUACAUCCCACCGGCUGCGCUGCGAACGGCUUGAACGCCAACCUCAUGGUGACCGGAGGCCCUCCCCUAGCCGGCUCAGGGCGGUGGUCCGCUGAUCCGGCCUCCCACUUGGCAGCCCACCCGUGGUUACCGAGGACUGGCAGCCCCUCAAUGUGGCUCGCAGGCCAUCCCUACGGCCUAGGACACCCCUCCUUGCACCAAGCCAUGGCUCCAGGCUUCCCCCCGAGCAUGGGGGCAGCGCUGCCUUCCGCCUAUCAGUUUGCCCGGGAUCCUCAGUCCGGGCAGCUGGUUGUGAUCCCUAGUGAGCACCUGCCACACUUUGCGGAGCUGAUGGAUCGGGCACCACCACUCUGGCCCGCCAUGUACCCCUCGGCACGGAACUCCCUCCAGCACGCCCACCAGCUUCAGCUCUUGUCUCACCAGCAGCUGCUCCGCCAGCACGAACUGUAUAUCCUUCAGCAGCAGGCUGCUCAUGCCAUGGAACUGCACAGGAGCGCCCAGUUGGUGGAGAGGCUCAAGGCUACCGAGCAGCGAGUGGAGUUGGAAGAGAAGGUCUCCAAGCGGAGCCUGGACAGUGGCAAAGGGGGCUUCUCCUCCUCCGGCUCGGGCCUCCUGCCCCGGAAGCCUCCCGUCCUGCCCCACAGCACCUCUGCGUCAUACAGCAAGGCUGUGAGUCCCCCUCCCCUGUCUCCCAGGGCUUCGCCUGUGUCUGGUCUCAAAGCCGAGGUCAUCCAAAAGAUGGAAGAGCCGCCUACGCAGCCCGCCUUCUCCUAUCCUGCCACUCCCAUCUCCCAUCCUUCCAGUCCGCCCCCUGCUUCUCCGCCCCCUGCCCCUGCCAUCCCCGCCAAAGAGGAGGAAGAGCCCGAGAGCUUGGAGAAGAAAGAAAUGGAGCGGGAGAAAGAGGCCUCCAGCCCUUACCAGGCUUUGUUCCCAGAGAUUCCCUCAGGAUAUCCAUUCCAAUCCUUGCCCGCGUCCUUCAGAAGACACUACCCAUACCUCCUCCAGCCAACUGCAGCAUCGGAUGCGGACGGCUUGGCCCCCGACGUCCCGCUGCCCACCGGGCAUUCCGAGCACAGGGCCCUUUCCCCCGAGGUCAAGCCCCUCCACCUCUCCCCAUCCAAAAUCGUCCAACCCAUCCAGGCUGUGGUGGAAGAGGAGACUUUGGAAGAACGGGUGAAGACGGAGGUCGAGAUGGAUGAGAUCCAGGAGGGCGGCCUCUGCGACCGGGACGUGGACUCCCUAAACGUGGCGACGUCCAUCACGCUUCCUGUUCAGGAUGUGAACGCUUGCGGCCUUAUCUUGCACCACGGCAAAGCCUUGAGCGGUGCAGAAGAUGAAGAAGAACCUCUUCAGGGCUGCCAGCCCACGUAUCAAGUGAUGGCAUGCUCUGCAGAACUGGGAACCCAAGAAGAUGCUGUUAGUGGCGCAGAACCUUGUCCGGUCCACCUGAGCUACGGCGGGGGGUUGUUACCCAGGGACAGUGAACCACCUGGGAUGGGCCUCACACCUCCAGCAGAAGAAGCGUCUCUAGCUAUGGAACUGCCUCACAUCCACUCCCCCCAGGGAAGGGAAUUUCCCAGCAUGCCUCAGGAAGAGGGGGAACCAUCCUCAGAAACACCCAGCUACGGGGACGAGGCCAUGUCCUGCCCAGUGCCUCCCGUGGACAUCCAACUGGACGACCCGCUGGCCGGCAUGAACGCCUUAGCGGCUGCUGCUGAACUGCCCGAGGCGUGUUUGUUGCAGGUGGGUGACGGCGUGGCCCAGGAGGCGGUGGUGAACCUGGAGGUGUCCUCGAGCCUGUCCCCAGAGCAUACUUUUCUGCAAGGGAUCACGCUGCUGAGCGAAAUUGCCGAAAUGGAGCUGGAGAAGAGAAGGCAAGAGGGCGAAGGCUUAGAGAGCUUCCCAGUCCAGCCGACCUUGGAGAGCCUCUUGGCUGCCAGCACUCAGAUGCUGAUGGAGGUCCUCUCGACCCCCUUCAUGGAUAGCCUGAAAAACAUCCGUCUGCCUCGAGAGCUGAACCCCAACAAAAAGUACAGCUGGAUGCAGAAGAAAGACGAGCCCAUGUACUCCAUUAAGUCGGCUAUCGAGAACAUGGACACCAUGGAGCUGGACUACAGGAUGAAGCUGGCCGAACUGCAGAGGCGGUACAAGGAAAAGCAGCGGGAACUGGUGAAGCUGCAGCGUCGGAGAGACUCGGAGGAAAAGCAUGACGAGAAAAGUAGAAGCUUGGGAAGACGGGGCCCGGGAAGGCCCAGGAAGAGGAAGCACGGAUCCAUUGCUCUGUCGCCCCCUAUGGAGAGAGGGAAGAGUGACGACAGGAGUGGAAAGCUCAGCAAGUCCUUGCUGCUCUCUGAAGACUCGGAGGUGGGAGAGGGGACUCGGAAAAGGCACAGGGGCUUCCUCCUGGAUGAAGAAGAGGACGUGGCGAUCAGGAACGGGAAGGUGAAAGGGAGGAACCGCAGUUGGGACGAGCACGACGUCCUGGCGAGCUUUUCCAGUGAGCUAAAGAUUAAGAAGAAGAAGCUGGCCUGCGACCCAGAGCACCUGGUGAGCAAGCUGGACAAAGCCCUCUCGCUCUCCAGGCACGGCAAGUUGAAAUCCCCUUUUAAGUGCGCCGGCAGCUCCGGAGGGAAGCAGAAGAACGGUGGGUGCGGGGGCAGCCGGUACCUGCUGCCCCGCGUGGACAAGAAGAGCUCGUCCAACACCCUGAGCUUCUCCCUGAAAGCCUCCAAGGAAGGUAAAAACAAAAUGGCUGCCAAAAUGAAGAAGAUGGAGGUGGGGCUAAAACUCAAGGGUCACCUGAAGGUUACCACUUCACCAGCAAUAUCUGAAUUUAGCAGCUAUUCCUACAAUACGGACUCAGAGGAAGAUGACGAAUCCCUGAAGGACGAGUGGUCUUUCCGGUCCUUGUCCAGCUCCAGAACGAGACCCCCCAGCCUGUAUGGGGCAGUGGGCCAAAAGACCAGCAGGAUUUCCGGAGGCUUCAAGGCCUCCAAGAAGGGCCUACCUGCUUCUAGGACUCUCAAAUCUAAACUGGCCCCAAGCCGGAAGCAGCGGUUUUGUAUGGUGCCCCGAGAGGCCGAAGCUGGAUCUUCCUUCAGCGAUUCUUCGGAGGACUCGUUCGAUCAAGAUUCUACCUCAGAAGAGGAGGAGGAGGAAGAAGAAGAAGAAGAAGAAGCGGAAGAUUAUAGACUGGGUGGGAGUGAAAGGCUUUCGCCCCUGGCUUUGGAUGAGAGUGGUCUGGGGCUACUCGCGAGGUUUGCCGCCAGCGCUAUGCCAAGUCCCAUCAUCCCGCCUUCUCUCUCCAUCGUUCAGCUGGAAGCGAAGCAGAAGGCGAAGAAGAAGGAAGAACGGCAAAGUCUGAUGGGGACCGAGUUUGAGUACACGGAUUCGGAGAGCGAGGUGAAGAUCAGGAAGAAGUCUCCCUCUCAGCUGCUUCGUGGGAAGAAGGGGAUGCUGGAGUCAGGCAGCGCCACACCGGUACCGUCGGCAAGCCCCAUGGACACUGCCUCCGGGGCAAGUUUGGACAAGGCCAAAAUGGCAUCCGAGAAGAGCCGGAAGCUGAAGAAGCUCAAGUCGCCCAAGGACCUGAGCUUCGAGUUUGGGCUGGAGAUGAGCGACGACGACCUCUGGAACCGGCGGCGGAGCGAGCGGAUCUUCCUUCACGACGCCUCCACAUCGUCAGCCGCUCUGUCCCCCACCACGCCGAGCAGCUCAGCCCCCGGCUCGAAAGCCAGCCGCUGUGUGAAGGGUACUCCCUUGAGUCCCAAGAAAGAUGGCGGCAAAGGCAAGGAGAGGAAAGAUCUUGUCAAGAAGAAGAAAAACAAAGAGAGCCCUUUCUGCUCUUCCUCCUCCUCCUCCUCCUCCUCCCACUCUCCUCCGGGCAUUGCUAGCUCCCCGCCUGACAUCCGUGCCAGCCUGGCGAACUCCCUAGGCUCCAGCAAGAAGAGCAAGGCCAAGAUGAAGGCCAAAGAGGUGAAGAAGGAGAACCGAGGGAAGGGCGGGGCUGUUAGCAAGCUCAUGGAAUGCAUGGCCGCGGAGGAGGAUUUUGAGCCCAAUCAGGACAGCAGCUUCUCGGAGGAUGAAAACAUGCCGCUGAGCAUGCUCCUGGAAAGGCCGCCUACGCCAGCGCCCCGUUCUUGUAUAAUCGACAAGGAGGAACUGAAAGACGGUUUGCGGGUUCUCAUCCCCAUGGACGACAAGCUGCUCUACGCAGGACAUGUGAAGACGGUUCACUCGCCUGACAUAUACCGGGUGGUGGUGGAAGGAGAGCGCGGGAACCGUCCCCACAUCUACUGUUUGGAGCAGCUGCUGCAAGAGGCGAUCAUCGACGUGAAGCCCCCUUCAGUGCGGUUCCUGCCCGAGGGCACAAGAAUUGCCGCCUAUUGGAGUCAACAGUACCGCUGCCUUUACCCUGGGACAGUUGUCCGAGGGGCCCACGAUCAAGAGGAGGACGGGGAUCUGAUAACUGUGGAGUUUGACGAUGGAGACACCGGGCGGAUCCCCUUGUCUCACAUCCGCCUGCUACCGCCCGACUACAAGAUCCAGUGUGCGGAGCCGUCCCCCGCCCUCCUGGUGCCCAGCAUGAAGCGCCGCAGCCGCAAGUCCAGCAAGGAUGCAGGAGAAGGAAAAGAGGGGAGCGGGAUGGGAUCCGAGGAGCCGGUGGCCAAGGGCAAAGUCCGCGGGAGGAAGCCGAGCGUCAAACAGAAAGCUGAAGAAACCACCCUGACGGAGGAGACAGACACAGGGGAAACGCCGCCAGCCCCUUCCCUGGUGCCUGAAAAGCCCGUUUGCCUUAGCAAGCAGUCUGCGAAAAGCUCCAAGAAAGCACAACCCAGCCCAGCCCGGUCGUCUUCCAUUUCCGCAGACGAAAAACAGCAUGGUAAAGGCCACAAGGCGAAGCUCUCUGCCAAGCCGCCCGGUUCCACUAACCCCCCGUUCCAGUCUCCGGUGUUCAGUAGCAUUCGCGGGAGCGAGCCCUAUGCCGAGUUACCGGGUGUUCUGGGAGCUUUUGGCUCUUCAGACAACUCUUCCGGGAAAGUCAAGUCGAAGAAAGGGAAGUCUACCGAGGAAUCACAGGAGUUUGGGUCCACAGCCAAGGCUCAGCGGAAGAUUCCGGACAGCGAGAUCCUCAUCAAGCUGGACCACGAGGGGGUGAUGUCUCCAAAAACGAAGAAGACCAAGGAAGCCAUGAGGAUGCUGGGCGACUCAAACCUGGCCGGCAGAAGAGAGGCCAAGAACGUCUUAGGGCUGAGCUAUGCCUCUGUCGCCAGCUCGGACGCAAAGCAGAAACCUCCCAAAAGCAAAGGGGCUGGCCGAGAGCCGUCCGCUCCGAAUUUCGGUGGCAAGUUUAGUGGCGAGAAGCGGGCUUCUUCGAAGGAUCGCCAGGACCAAACUCAAGCGGCACCAGCCGGCGACGAGUCUGAGAGCAACAGCAGCAGUUCGGAGUCCGAAGGAGAGGAGGAGGCGGAGAAGAACGGGGGUGCCGCUCAGGACAGCAGCUCGGCCAGCUCGAGGGUGUCAACCCCCAUGUCCUCGUCCAACUCCUCCUCCUCUUCCUCUAGCAGCAGCUCUUCUUCCUCUUCCUCCUCUUCCUCCUCCUCCAGCUCCAGCUCGUCCUCCUCGUCCUCUUCCACCUCCUCUUCCUCCAGCUCGUCCUCCUCCUCGUCCACCACCGAUGAGGACUCUUCUUGCAGCUCCGAUGACGAGGCGGCUGAAUCCCAGCCUGGCACGUCUUCCAUCCAGCAGACUCUCCCGCCGAAGCCAGCCAAGCAAGGAGGGAAGUCUCGGGCCGCUUCCCACCCGCCAGGCCCCAAACAGCAGCAAGGGGCGACGCAGAAGCAGCAGCAGCAGAACAGUAACAAGAACCGGCCCAAGAAGCGGGAGGGGAUCCACCUGCCCACCACCAAGGAGCUGGCCAAGCGGCAGAGGCUCCCUUCAGUGGAGAACAGGCCCAAGAUCGCCGCCUUCCUGCCUGCCCGGCAGCUUUGGAAGUGGUUUGGGAAGCCGACCCAGAGGCGGGGGAUGAAGGGGAAGGCCCGCAAACUCUUCUACAAAGCCAUCGUCCGCGGGAAGGAGAUCAUCCGCAUUGGAGACUGCGCCGUCUUCUUAUCCGCUGGGCGACCCAACCUGCCCUACAUCGGCCGGAUCCAGAGCAUGUGGGAAUCGUGGGGGAACAACAUGGUCGUCAGGGUCAAAUGGUUUUACCACCCAGAGGAAACCAACCCUGGGAAGAAGCUCAACGAAGGCAAGCGCUGGGAUCAGAAAUCCGGCAGAAGCCUCUCGACCGCUCUGCAGGCUUCCAGCCAGAGGAAGGACUUCAUGGAGCGAGCGCUGUAUCAGUCCUCCCACGUGGACGAGAACGACGUCCAGACCGUCUCGCACAAGUGUCUGGUGGUCGACCUGGAACAGUACGAACAGAUGCUGAAGACGAAGAAGUAUCAAGAUAGCGAAGACCUCUACUACCUAGCGGGGACAUACGAGCCUACCACGGGCAUGAUAUUCAACACUGACGGGGUCCCUGUCAUCUGCUAACUGCCCCAGGACAAGAG